AUGGGAUUACUCCGCCAAGUCAGAACUUUGACUGGCAAGAAUCUCCUUAUUACGGUCAACCGACAUGCCUUUAGCACAUCCAUACGCACCUUUAUCCUACCAGUGGCCUUGAUCGUAUUUCUUAGUUAUGCCAGGAAUUUAUUCAUACCACCUUCAACUUACGGGAUUGGCUCUAGCCAGCCCAUUCGAUCAUUAGAAGAAGGGCUCCGAGCCGCGACAGGUGGACGAAAUACUUUGGCAUUUGUUAACAAUGGUCUAAUAGGAGGAGAUGUUGAUGCUGUUAUUGCUGAUUUAACUUCGCAGGCUGAAGUUGCUGGGGCAAAGGUGAAACGUUUGACGACGGAGGCUGAACUACUGGAUAUCUGCAAAAGUACUCUAAGGGGGGCAACAUCUUGUUACGGUGCCAUUGUUUUCAAUUCUUCGCCUUCGGAAGGAACAGGAGGAAUAUGGAACUAUACCAUGCGAGCAGAUGGCGCAUUCGGCACGAAGAUUGAUGUUACAACAAACAAAAACGAUGCCGAACUCUUCCUUUUGCCACUGCAGCGUGCUGUUGAUUAUGCCAUCGCUUCGAGAAAUACAACAAUCGAUCAGAAUGCGUUGCCCACUACCGUCAACGAAUAUCCGUAUACUAGCCAGACUCAAAAGCAACGCGAAACUGCAAUUCGGACGAAUUACCAAACUGCCAUCAUCAACAUUCUUGGAGUCGCUUUCUUGAUUGGCAUGGUUGGCGUUACAUAUCAUUUGACUGGCUUCAUUGCUUCUGAGCGGGAGCUUGGAAUGUCACAACUUCUAGAAGCUAUGAUGCCGAAUCUACGACGAUGGGAACCUCAAGUAGCCAGGAUACUUUCAUAUCAUCUAGCCUUUGAUAUCAUCUACAUACCAGGAUGGAUCGUCAUGGGUGUCGUUUUGGGAGUAGGAGUCUUUGCCCAAACCUCCAUGGCCAUUGUGAUCAUAUUUCAUGUUCUGGCCGGCUUGUCCUUAACAUCAUUCUCUAUCCUUGGUGCUGCCUUUUUCAAGAAAGCUCAGCUUAGUGGAAUUACUCUUGCAAUUGUCACACUCCUACUUGGUGUCGUAACUCAAGUCAUAGACAAGACAAACUCGGGUACUGUGGCAAUCUUGAGUUUACUUUUCGCUCCAUGUAAUUAUGUGUUUUUCCUUGUUUUCAUGGCUCGAUUUGAAAGGCAAAAUAUCGGCACCAACCUUGUACAAGCUGCGCCAAACAAUCCAUGGUCACUGCCGGGAAUUGCGCUAUGGGUAUUCUUAAUCAUUCAAAUUUUUGUUUAUCCAAUCCUUGGGGCUUUGGUCGAACGUUCCCUUUUCGGAACAACUUCCAAGGGUCGUUCAGUUGUUGGCCAAGGCUCUGAAAAGCAUGCACAAUCACUUGGGUCUAACACAUUGGAAACCGUUCGAUUGGAGAACUUCACAAAACAUUACCGACCCAAUUGGUUUCGAAUGAAGACAGCUGGAUUUACCAAGAUCCCCACAGCUACUGUCGUCGCUGUCAAUGAUUUGAGUUUGUCCGCAAGUAAGGGUCAAAUUCUUGUCCUUCUAGGUGCCAACGGAUCUGGGAAGAGUACCACCUUGGAUGCAAUCGCAGGAUUGAAUACCGUUACUAGUGGAAGCAUCACAGUUGACGGUACAGGAGGAUUAGGUAUUGCUCCGCAGAAGAAUGUGCUAUGGAAUGAACUUACAGUAGAGGAGCAUAUUCGUAUCUUCAAUAGCCUCAAAUCCACAGGACCUCGGGACAGCAAAGUAGCUCUCAAAGAGUUGAUCAAAGCGAUAGACUUGGACCGAAAGAUCGGCGCAAAAUCGAAAACUCUAUCUGGUGGUCAAAAGCGUAAACUUCAAUUAGGAAUGAUGUUUACUGGUGGAAGUUCGGUAUGUUGUGUGGACGAAGUAAGUAGUGGGUUGGAUCCUUUAAGCAGAAGAAAGAUCUGGGAUAUUCUUCUGGCCGAAAGAGGUUCACGAACUAUUAUUUUGACGACACAUUUCCUUGAUGAGGCAGAUCUUCUCGCCGACCGGAUCGCAAUAUUGUCAAAAGGCACACUUCGAGCGGAAGGUUCUUCUGUGGAAUUGAAGGAGAAGUUAGGUGGCGGUUAUCGCAUCAAUGUUCCAACUGGUCACGAACAUAAAGAGCCUCCUCAGGUUGAGGGCAUAAAGCAGCACGUGUCGUUCGGCCAAACGACCUAUGUAGCACCAACCUCCAAGCAAGCCGCUCAGAUCAUUAAGCGUCUCGAGGAAGAUGACAUCACAGAUUAUCAAUUAUCCGGACCAACGAUUGAAGAUGUAUUUUUACAAUUAGCCGACGAGAUUCGUGCCGAAAGCGACGAAAGUCUACUCAUCCAAAAUUUAUCAUCUGACAAUGAGCAAUCUGGAAAAGAAAAGGAUACUGUUACCAAACUCGCAAUGAUUGGUACCCACGAGCGUCAAGAGUUGGAGCUACAUACCGGUCAAAAUAUUGGGUUCUUCCGGCAAGCCUGGGUUCUAUUCAGAAAAAGACUGACUGUUCUUCGACGAAAUUACCUGCCUUACAUUGCAGCUCUCCUUGUACCGAUUAUUGCAGCUGGUCUCGUAACUCUUUUCCUGAAAGGGUAUAAUGGUGCCGGUUGUACUCCAACCGACAGAGUUUCUACAUCUGAUUCGGAAAAUCUCUUCAGUGUUGAGAAGUAUGAUGUUGUUAUCGGGCCGUCCUCAAGGUUUUCAACAGAAGUACUUACUUCUUUGUUUGAACCCUUAUUGUUUGGAUUGUUUCCUACGCCAGAUGAAAUCCAAAGUCACACUCAUAGAGUUGACACAUUGACUCAAUUCAACAGCUACAUUGAUCAAAAUUUCGCCAAUGUCACUCCAUCAGGAUUCUUCCUUGAUAACGGUGGUACACAAACCACACUCGCGUAUAAAGGCAACGGUCAGAUUUUCAAUGCUGUAUGGGGUCAAAAUGUCAUGGACAUUAUGCUCACUAACAUAUCCAUUGCCACACAAUAUUCUGAAUUUGAUAUCCCAUGGGCACCCUCAACCGGUAAAUCAUUACAACUUGUUGUCUAUUUUGGUCUUGCAAUGUCCGCUUAUCCAGGAUUCUUCUCAUUGUACCCUACUGUCGAAAGAACCAGGAAUAUUCGAAGUCUUCAGUAUUCCAAUGGUGUUCGGUCAUUACCAUUAUGGCUUUCGUACGUUGCUUUUGAUCUCAUACUCGUUCUCAUCUCGAGUGCUUUGAGUGUCAUAAUCUUUGCAGCUGCAUCUUCGGUUUGGUAUCAUGUCGGCUAUUUAUUUAUCAUAUUCGUUCUGUUCGGUCUGGCAUCGAUCUUGCUUUCAUACGUGGUGUCACUUUUUGCCAGCACGCAACUUUCAGCAUUUGCAUUCGCAGCUGCUGGGCAAGCGGUCAUGUUCCUAAUCUAUCUAGUUGGAUACUUGUGCACUUUGACCUAUGCUCCAAUUAACAAGAUAGAUUCAACGCUUCUCGUUGUUCAUUUCGUCAUCAGUGUUUUCACACCAAUGGGAAGUCUUAUCCGAGCAAUGUUCAUCGCAUUGAAUCUGUUUUCUACCACUUGCUCUGGCGAAGAAUUGGCACCUAACCCUGGAGGAAUACUGCAAUAUGGUGGACCGAUCUUAUAUUUGAUCCUCCAGAUAAUUGCACUCUUCGCAAUUCUGAUCUGGUAUGAUAGUGGCUCUGUAGUUGCUUGGUUCCGAAGGCAUCGCAAGUCACCUAACGCAGUAACUGACAAUGAAAUUCCUGCGGAUGAAGAAAUUGCUGAUGAACUCGUACGAGUCAACUCAUCAAAUGACGGUCUUCGAAUUCUCCAUCUAACCAAGAGUUUUGGAUCUGUAACUGCAGUUGAGAAUAUAACAUUCGGAAUAAAGCGUGGCGAAGUUUUCGCCCUUCUCGGGCCAAACGGUGCAGGAAAGUCAACUACUAUAUCAUUGAUCCGUGGUGAUAUCCAACCAAGCAAAAAUGGAGGAAACGUUUUCGUGGAGAACAUUGAAAUCAACAGACAUCGUGCUGAUGCAAGAGCUCAUCUGGGAGUUUGUCCUCAAUUCGAUGCUAUGGAUCAAAUGACCGUUUUGGAGCACCUUGCCUUUUAUGCACGCGUAAGAGGUGUUCCAGACGUCGAAUAUAAUGUUCAAGCUGUCUUAACCGCUGUUGGUCUGCAAGCAUUUGCUUCUCGUAUGGCAGCCAAACUUUCCGGUGGAAACAAACGAAAGCUAUCACUCGGAAUCGCUUUGAUUGGUAAUCCAACAGUGCUACUCCUCGACGAGCCAUCCUCCGGUAUGGAUGCUGCUGCAAAGAGAGUCAUGUGGAAAACCCUUGCUUCAGUCGUUCCAGGCCGUUCACUCUUACUCACAACUCACAGUAUGGAAGAAGCUGAUGCAUUAGCUGACCGUGCAGGUAUCAUGGCUAAAAGAAUGUUGGCAAUGGGUACUUCAGAUCGGCUGAGAAGUAAAUUCGGUGGUUCUUAUUAUGUUCAUUUGGUUCUUAAAAGUGCACCACAUACCACCGAUGAUGAGAUUUCGACUUUGAAAGCUUGGAUCAACGAUAACUUCCGAAAUGCAGUCAUUGAAGAUAAAACUUUCCAUGGUCAAAUGCGAUUCUCAGUUCCUGUGUCUAGCUAUUCUUCAAAGCAAUCUGAGAUGAAAAUGGAUGGCGAAUUAGACGAAGACGAGAUCUACAGUACUGGAACUAGUAUCGAUGAACCAAAGUUAAGAGACUCGGGGAUAGGAUCAUUAAUUAUGAAAUUAGAAGAUCAGAGGGAAGAACUUGGAUUGGAGUACUAUUCAGUUAGUCCAACAACAUUGGAUCAGGUUUUCUUAACAAUUGUCGAGAAACAUAAUGUGGAGGAGGAGAAUUAUGCUGCGCCAAAGGAGAAGAAGACUCUGGGGGGAUUAAUAAGGAGGAGGAAGAAGGAGUGA